AUGAGAGACAUCAGCCUGACCAGAGUUGGUGGGUGGUUUCUAAUAGGUGACUUUAAUGAAUUGUUGAACAAUGGAGAAAAGCUAGGAGGGCCAGCACGAGAGGAGAGCUUUUUCUUUGAGUUUCGGGCAAUGCAGAGAGAUUGCAGACUCAAAGAACCGCCAAGCUUUGGAGAUCCAUUCUCAUGGGCUGGAGUUAGAGAGAUUUUUACUAAUGGAGUUAAGGAGAAGGUAUGGGUGCAGUGUCGUUUGGACAGGGCGUUCGGUAACGCCGAGUGGUUCAGGCUAUUUCCAGGAACACAUAUUAAGUACUUGGAAAGGACAGGAUCAGAUCAUAUGCCGGUUCUGGCAAGCUUGGUACCAGCACAAACAAGGCGAAAAGGUAGAUUCACUUUUGACGAGAGAUGGUGCACUAAGCCGGAAGUAAUGGAAGUGGUACGUAAGGGCUGGAAUCUGAAUACUGGUGGAAAUGGUGGUACUGUGACAGAAAGAAUUCAAACGUGUCGGAAAGAACUCUCGAAGUGGAAGAAGUCUGUGAAUGUGAACUCCAAUGAGCAAAUUAAGAAGUUGACGCAGACUCUAGAGGCAGAGAGUCAGAAACAAUACCCAGACUUGCAACUUUUAGCGGCCACACGUAUGGAGCUGGAGAAAACAUACAAGGAAGAAGAAGCCUUUUGGAAGCAGAAGUGCAAAAACUCGUGGCUGCAAGUAGGAUUCAAUCACUCAUCGGGAAUUGAACAUCAUGAUGAAGAGCGGAAGGCAGAGAUAGCGGUUCAGUAUUUCCAAGAUCUCUUCCACUUUGGAGGCUCGCAAAAUGCUGAAGUAUUGCUGGAGGGAAUGCAAAUGAGAGUCUCUGACAGAAUGAAUGUUAGUCUAACGAAGCCGGUGACAGACGCAGAGAUUAAACGUGCAGUGAAAGCUAUCAAAAGCGAUAGUGCACCUGGUAACAAAGGAGGUGAAGGAAUUCUUGUUUCUGGGGUUAUUCCUACAGACUGGAACCACACGCAACUCUGCUUGUUGCCUAAGGUACCUAACGCAAAUCAAAUGAAUGACUUCAGACCGAUCAGUCUUUGCUCGGUGAUAUACAAGGUAAUAUCCAAAGUUCUAAGUAACAGACUUAAAACGAUCCUGCCAAGGAUUGUGUCGCAGACACAAGGUGCUUUUGUAGCGGGGCAUCUGAUAUCGGAUAAUCUCCUCAUAGCUCAUGAGAUGAUCCAUGGUCUCAAAACAAAUCCAAACUGUCGAGGAGACUUCAUUGCCAUAAAGACAGACAUGUCUAAAGCUUACGACAGAGUGGAGUGGGAUUUCUUGGAGAUUUUAUUUCUUAAAAUGGGGUUUGACAGAAGUUGGAUUGAUUGGGUGAUGAGUUGUAUCAGAUCAGUCUCGUAUACGGUCUUGAUGAACGGUGAAUCUUUUGGUCAUAUAAAACCGGAGAGAGGAAUUAGGCAAGGAGAUCUGCUCUCACCGUUCUUGUUUAUCCUAUGUGAUGAGGCCCUGGUGCACGUGAUGAAUAAAGCAGAGCAGAACGGUCUUCUUACUGGCAUGAGGCUUACAAGGAACUGUCCUUCGGUCCAACAAUUAUUAUUUGCAGAUGACAGCCAAUUCCUAUGCAAAGCCAGCUUGAGUGAGUGCACGGAGUUCCUGAAAUGUCUGAAGCUGUGUGCAGAUGCGUCUGGACAAGUUAUAAACUUUCAGAAGUCAGCGGUUAUCUUUGGAGCUGAUAUUGAUCCGGUGAUGAAAACGCUGUUGGCUGAGAUUCUACACAUUGAUAAUGAAGGAGGAGAUGGAAAAUAUCUGGGAUUACCGGAGUGUUUUAGCGGCUCCAAACAGAAGCUACUUGCAUUCAUUGGUGAGAAAAUUAACAAGAGGCUACGAGGUUGGUUUGCCAAAAAGCUUUCCCAUGGCAGAAAUGAGGUACUACUCAAGUUUAUUGCUAUGGCUCUUCCAGUUUAUGUGAUGGCAUGCUUUCGAUUGACUAAGCAUCAUUGUCAAAAGAUAAUGAGUGCAAUGGCUAGUUUUUGGUGGGAUGAAGAUGGAGAGAAGAAGAAAAUACAUUGGGUUGCGUGGAAGAAAAUAUGUGUACCAAAGGACAAAGGAGGGUUGGGGUUCAGAGACAUUGAGGAUUUCAAUCAGUCCUUAUUAGCCAAACAAGCAUUGAAACUGUAUAAUGAGCCUGAUAGCUUGCUUUCGAAGGUGUACAAAGGACGAUAUUUUGCUUCAUCAAUGUUUCUAGAAUGUGGAAAGGGAUACAAACCAUCUUAUGUGUGGCGAAGUAUUUUAUUUGGCCGAGAACUCUUGAGGAAAGGGCUUAUAAAAUCCAUUGGAAAUGGGAAAGACAUGUUUGUUUGGUCUGACAAAUGGAUAAUUGAUGAUGCACCUCGUCGGCCAGUGAGUAGACAAAUAGCCUUUGAUGUGGCUCUACGAGUCUCGGACUUGAUAGGAGAGGAUGGGAAAUGGAGGUUAGAGAGACUACAUAACCUAUUUCCACCUAAUGAGGUGGAGAGGAUUAAGAAGGUCAUUAUUGGAGACGUUGAAGACAGGGAGGUUUGGGCUUUCAACAAGACAGGGAGCUACACGGUCAAGAGUGGUUGUUGGCUCUUAGCAAAGAUAAAUGAGGAGCUGAGAGGACAGUGUACGAAGGCACAAGAGCUGUGGACAGAAUUCGAUGUGAUUCCAAGUCAAAACGUUCAGAAUGCUGACCUAGUUGAGCUGCUGAAUGGGUGUCUUCACAUCAUGGAAGAUUCGAAUAUGGAACUUGUUCGAAGAAGAGCGAUUCCAUGGAUGCUUUGGACCAUCUGGAAGAACAUGAACAGUUUGUUGUAUGCAGAAGUACAAGAGUCUACGCUGUUGUUAGCUCACAUAGCUCUGGAGGAAUCCACCUUAUGGAAUGAAUUGAAUAAAGUGGAGCAAGGAGGCAACCAAUACUUGCACGAUCUUGGAGCACCGGAGAAGUGGGCACCACCAGCUCUAGGGUUAGUGAAAUUUAAUAUGCAUGCAAACUGGAGAAACGAUAGAUAUCUUACAGGAGGAGCAUGGAUCACAAGAGAUCAUAGAGGUGAGGUUGGAAUGCACGCAAGGGAUGCUCUGCUCCCAUCACCUGAUCGGUUAUCAGCGGAGAUGAACUACUUGCUUUGGGUUCUUAGGAGCUUGCGAGACUUGAGGUUAGAAGAGGUUAGUGUUGGUAUUGAUUCCCAAAGGCUAGUGGAGGCAAUUCAGAACCAUAUACGAUGGCCAAGAUAUCGAUGCUUACUUCGGCAAAUUGCUACAUUAUGCUCGGAAUUGGCAGUCAUAGCUUUUGAAGUAGAAUCAAGAGGCUCCAAUAAGGUGGCAAUAGAGAUAGCAAAGAGUGUUCUGAGGGACGGGCGGUUACAGUCUUAUCUUGCAUUGGGUGGCCCGUCAUGGCUACAUGAUCUCAUUCAGACGGAGGUUACGUUCGUUAACUCUUAA